UAUCUCACUAUAAUAGAUAUUGGUACAACAUUUUCCGGGAGUUGCUUUUCUUACGUAAAAGAUAAUAAGAGCAUUGUGCAUGUUAUAAAAUGGCCGAACCAACGUUCAAAUGAUACGUUUGAAAAAACGCCAACCGCCUGUCUUUACAACAAAGAAACCCCUCCUCAACUACUUAAAUGGGGGAAAGAUGCUACUAAUUAUUUGCAAACGAAUCCCAACGACCCCAAUGUUGUUUUUGUCGAGCAAUUUAAAUUAAAUUUGAAAGAAGAUUUUUGUCAACAAGCAGGACGUGAAAAACUCGAAAUAUACAGAACUGCGGCGAUAGAUUUUUUAAGGGAGAUAAACAAAUAUACUUGUGACCAACUAAAUCAAACAGUGGACCCAGACUCAUCAUCAGAUCAUACUAAUAAGUGUCGUUACGUACUGACCGUUCCAGCCACUUGGGUUAAUAAGGAUAUAUUAAUGAUGCGCGAUAUUGCUAUUGAAGCAAACCUUAUUGACGCUUCGCACGACCCAGAAGAGAGGCUUAUUAUUAUUGACGAGGCACAUGCAGCUUCUUUAUUUUGUAAACGGGAAUAUUGCAUGAUGGAUGAUGGUAGCACGAGUAAACUGUCUCAGGGCGAACGCUAUAUGGUGUGUGAUGCCGGUGGUGGUACGGUUGAUUUAGCCACAUAUGAAUGUACAGGCUCUGAACACGAGUCUUCAAAAAUCAGUCACUGUCAACUGGCUUUGGAAAGUGGAGGAUAUUGCGGAUCGACCUUUUUGGACAAAAACAUGGAAAGAUAUUUGAGAGACCAUGUGUUUAUAGGUUGUAUCGAAGAAAAUGUUGUUCGGUUUUUAAUUGAUCAAUUCGUCAAUGAAAUUAAGUCUGAAAUUGGGAUGGAUCAGAACAUUCUUGAAACUCUCUCUUUAAAGGGUGAUAUUGUUGUCCACAACGGAAUCAAGCAACUGCGAAUCAGCAAAAUAAACAUCUCUAAAUAUGUGUUUGACCCCAUUAUUGAAGAAGUGAUAGCAUUGAUAGAAAAACAAAUUAGCAAGUCCCAUACAAUUAUUGAUACGUUAUUCCUACUAGGAGGGUUUGGUCAAUCUCCUUAUCUUCAUAAAAAGUUACACGAAGAGUUCAUCACCAGCAGCAAUACCGUUAAAAAUCUUAUCGUACCUGAAGAUGGUUAUAGGGCGUCAAUGAGAGGAGGGAUAUAUUAUGGUAUUGAUUGCGUCGAGUCAAUUCCCAAACUAUCCUUAAAGGAUGACGAAGGAAAUUGCAUACCGAACCCUAAUUUAUUUUUUAGGAUGCUAGUAGCUAUAGGUAUGUUGUUGUUCAUGUGUGUAUAA